GAGGCGAAAGCGGAAGUGUGACGCUGGUGACCGGUCACGGAAGAUGGGUGGGGCGGGGCGUUUAGCCGCCGGAGGGUUUGAUUGGCGUGACCCUGGCCUUGGCGGCUGGCGGGAAAGCAGCAGCGGGGACUGACGGAUUCUCCCGUCAGUCUUUGGAUUCCGCCCAGUGUUUUGUGCUGUGUUCAAGUUUCACCCCGCCUCUCGGCCUGGAGCUGCAGCUGCAGCCCAGUGGACCAGAGCAGCAAGGAUGGAGAACCCAAACCUUGGGGACAGCUCAGCCCCCUCCAGCACCCCCAGAGAGAGCCUAGUUCCAGACCCGCCUUGGGACCUCUGCAAGGAGGAUGUAGCCGCUGGACUGGGAAGAACAGAAGAUGGAAAGGAACCAGUGAUAAGCAGCGAGGGUAGCUCCCUUCCCCAGGAACCUGCUGCUGCUUCUCGGUUUAACGGUCCUGCAGAGACAGAACGCCAUGAGCCCCUCGUGUAUGGAUGGGAGAGAAUUGUGAAGCAAAGGCUGUCUGGGAAAACUGCAGGCAGAUAUGACGUAUACUUUAUCAGCCCACAAGGACUGAAGUUCAGAUCGAAGCGUUCACUUGCUAAUUAUCUUCUCAAAAAUGGAGAGACUUUUCUUAAGCCUGAAGAUUUUGAUUUUACUGUGCCAUCUAAAGGGGGCAUCAGAUCCGAUUAUAAAGACCAAAGCUUGGUGGCUCUGACGUCGCAGCAGCCAGAGGAAAGCAGCAUUUCACACCGUAACCUCAGGACACGAAGCAAGUUGCAAACUGAUGUGUUGCCUUCACCCAGUGGUAAUUCAGAGACCUCAGGUAGCAGCAGACUGUCCAACUCCAGAAAGCCCAAAAGAAAGGCGGCUGUUUUGAAAGGAAUUGGAAGUGAGAAAACCAAGCAAAGGUGCAGGAAGAGUCUCUCAGAUUCUGCACGAAGUACCAGAAAAAGAGAAUCUGUGGUUCAGAAAGCAGGCGCUGAAAGUGAGCUGGUUCCACCGGAAUGUCUGUGCCCUGCGGGUGCCUGCGCCAGCAAAGGGACUGUCAGCGCGGCUGGGAAAGAGAAGGGCCUGGGGACGGAAAAGCCACCAAGUCCAGGGUCUGGCAUCACAAACAAAUUGCAUUCAACGGACGAAGCAGGUGAUGCGAACUGUGAGCAGACUUUUUUAGAAGCAGAGGAAAUCAGAUCGAAGGGAGACCGAGAGGGGGAGGCGCAUUUGCAUAUCGACGUUUUACAGGGUGAUUUUGAAACGCCCGGCUGCUCGCAAGCCAAGAAAGGCCUUACUUCUGAGACACUCCGAGAAGACAGCAGCCCACGAACACAAGUAGAAAAAAGGAAAACAAGCCUGUAUUUUUCCAGCAAGUACAACAAAGAAGCUCUUAGCCCCCCACGACGAAAAGCCUUCAGGAAAUGGACCCCUCCUCGGUCGCCUUUUAAUCUUGUUCAAGAAACACUUUUCCACGACCCCUGGAAGCUCCUCAUUGCGACUAUAUUUCUCAAUCGGACCUCAGGCAAGAUGGCCAUCCCUGUGCUUUGGGAAUUUCUAGAGAAGUACCCUUCAGCCGAGGUGGCCCGAACUGCUGACUGGAGGGACGUGUCAGAACUUCUUAAGCCUCUUGGUCUCUAUGAUCUCCGUGCAAAAACCAUUGUCAAGUUUUCAGAUGAAUAUCUGACGAAGCAGUGGAGGUAUCCGAUUGAGCUUCAUGGGAUUGGUAAAUACGGCAACGACUCGUACCGGAUCUUUUGUGUCAAUGAGUGGAAGCAGGUGCACCCUGAAGACCACAAGUUAAAUAAAUACCAUGACUGGCUUUGGGAAAAUCAUGAAAGAUUAAGUCUGUCUUAAAGCCACCUGUUUGAAGUUUUCUAUGCGGUGCUUUGUGCUUCCAUUCCUAAGAGCGCUGUGUACAAUGAGCUCCCCUCCCAGGCUGGUAGAUUUUUUUUUUCAGUUAGUUAGAAGUCAGUGUGUGUAUUAAGCCUCUGCCACAAGUUGAUCUUAGUCAAUUAGUGUUGUAGACAUAUUUUUAAUGUGAAAAAGUAACUGUUGGGAGCUGGAGAGAUGGAUGGCUCAGCGGUUAAGAGCACUGCUUGCUCGUCCAGAGGUCUUGAGUUCAAGUCCCAGCAACCACACGGUGGCUCACAACCAUCCGUACCCUCUUCUGGUGUACAAUCACACAUAGGGCAGAACACUGUAUACAUAAUAAAUAAAUCUUUUUAAAGAAAAAAAAAGUAACUGGUGGGAAAUGAUCCUAAAAGUGCAUUUUGUUUUUCCAGUGAUGUACAAUGUGUUGGUGCUAAGAGCCAAUUUUCAGCACUCCUGCUGAGGAAAGACUAAACAUGUUUUCUCUUCCUGUACAAAGUGGUAUUAAGGUAUACGACUGUCAUAUGAAGAAAGAUUCUUAUGGCUUUCACAGUAUCAUAGUUUAAAUACUGACACAUUUACCUUAGAAAAUAAAAACUAAAUCGACCAAAACAUAGUGGUACCCACUGUAAUCCUGGCACUCAGGAGACUAAGGCAGGAGGAUGGAAAGUUGAGGGCUAGCCUGUACUACAUAGAGAGGAAAAAACCAAACUGGGCAGGGUAGUGAAGUGGCUCAUCAAAUAGUCACUUGUGCUAAGCCUGAGUCCUAUCCCUGGAACAACUGUGGGUUGACCUCUGACCUUCACUUGAACUCACAUAUACAUAUCACAUACAUAAGAAAAAUUUUAAGAAAUAGUCUGGAGAGAGAUGGCUCAAUGGCUUAGUAUGCUUGCUGCUCUUCCAGAGGACCCCGAGUUCAGUUUUUAGCACCCUUGUCGGGCAACUCACAACAGGGAUCUGACGCCCUCUUCCAGCUUCAUUGGUGCCUUUGCACGUGUGGCAUGUACGUGCAUAUGAAAACCUAACAGAAAAAUUAAGUCCUGGUUAUUAAACACUAUUUUAAGAUGUAAUUUGAAAAUCAAAUUAUACCUCUCCCCCUCACAGCAAACAUCCACUCAUAAUGCAUAAUAUUGCAUCCCAUUUUUCAUUAACAAAUUAUGUUCUGAUAUAUUCAGUAACAGAUUCACCUAUACUAAUCAUGGUGGUACACUACUAUAAUCCUAACGUGGGAGUUUGGAGAGUCAUGAUCAAGUUCAAGGUCAACUUGGUCUACUUUGUAGUUUCCAGGACAAAUUGAGCUAUAUGGUGACGUCCUGUCUCAGAAAAAACAAAAACAAAAAACCUAAAAAUGCACCAGUGGCACACACAGUAAGAAUAUGUCUAUGUAUGCACACACUUGUGAUGCUGAGGCAGGAGGACCACUGUGAAUUCAAGGCAGCCUGGCUUAUGUGAGCGUGAGAGCAGCUUUGGCUGUACAUCCAAACCCUGUAUAAGAAAGAUACAAACUAAAGUUGUUAGACUAAAUAAAACUAUGUUUGAAUAAGUGGCUGGUGGUCCUGUUUAAUGGAAUUCUUUGGGUUUUUUUGUUUUGUUUUUUUGAGAAAAGGUUUCUUUGGGUAGCCUUGGCUGUCCUGGAACUAGCUCUGUAGACCAGACUGGCCUUAGACUCACAGAGAUCCACCUGCUUCUCCCAUGUGCUGGGAUUAAAGGUGUGCGCCACCACCUCCCAUCCCUCGUUUUGUUUUGUUUUGUUUCUGAGACAGGGCUUCUCUGUAGCUUUGGAGCCUGUCCUGGAAUUAGCUCUUGCAGACCAGACUGGCCUCGAACUCACAGAGAUCCGCCUGCCACUGCCUCCCGAGUGCUGGGAUUAAAGGUGUGCGCCCCCACCAUCCGGCUCCCAUCCCUGUUUAAUGGAAUUCUUCAGACCUGAUGUACA